UAAUAGUAUAGUAUUAUGCAUAUCAAAAAAGGAAAAAUAGUUUGGUAUUUUUUAAGCCGUAUAAUUUUAAAGCUAACUAUCUUUCCGAGUGUCAAGCAUUAUUUCUUUAAUCAGAUAAAAAUUGACUGUAUAAUAAGGAUUUUUUUACUUUUUCAGACCGCAUUCACAGUUGAUGUCAACAGAACCUAUUUCUACAAUAAUCCGAAUCCGAACAGUAAUCCUUUCGUUAGGUCAUAUGAUUUACCGAAUAGGGGUGUAGAUAAGACUUCAGAUGAUAUUGAGAUCGAAUGGACCAGUCCUGUAGACUAUGAAAAUAAAAAACUUCUUCGGGUAAAAGUCACCUUCGACUAUCAUGGGAAAUUUCCUACAGAAGUCACAUCGUUUAGCCCGGUCGAUUAUAUACCCGAUAGUCACGUAAUGAAGAAUGUAGGACUGAAUUUUUUUGAUCGAAUAAUGACCGUGAGAGUGCGCGAAUCUUCUGUAUCCAUCACUAAGGGGGCCACACCAGUUAUGGGACAUCUUAAGUGGAAUCGAAAUUAUGCAACAGGUAUUCAUUGCGAGGAACCUGUUAAAAUCACUAUGGAGAUGACAACCGUGACAGAAGACUACUAUAAAGGAGAUUCUUAUCAAAUAACUACGAAAGCAGUCUAUGAAGGAGAGUUCAAAACUGAUGGAGAUUGGUGUCCCAAAUAAUGAAAAAGUUUAAGAAAUUAUUAUUCCGAGAAAUGCCCUUAAUUUAAAAAUAAUACAGAAAUAAUGAUUCAAUAAUAAAUACAGUACUUAACGGGUUCUUUAAUUUUUUACCACU